GACGUAAGAAAGAAGUCACAUAACCAACAAUAAUGAUUUAUUUUAUCAGUAAACAUUAAUAUUAAAAUGAUAAAUGAAAAAUAUGACAAUUUAUUUGCUAGGAAUAUUAAGUGCCUUUUUAUUUUUUUAUGGCUUUUUUCCAAUAUCUACCCGCUCCAACAAUAUUAACAAUAUACCUCCUAGCAAAAUAAAUAAUGUCUCUUUAAAACAACAUUAUUUUUACAACCAAUCUACUUUUAAAAAGACUGUUCUGAUAGUUAUAGAUGCAUUAAGAUUAGAUUUUGUAGAUACAAAAUACAUGCCAUUAACAACAAAUUUAUUACAGGAAAAUGGUUGUUCCAAUGAAAUUAAAGUCGAAAUACCAACAGUUACCCUCCCUCGUAUUAAAGCUCUUACUGUAGGAAACAUACCACAGUUUAUAGAUUUGGUUUUAAAUCUAGCAAGUACAGAAAGUUUAUCAGAUAGUAUAAUUCAUUCUGCUUAUGAAAAUGGAAAAAAUAUUGUUUUUUACGGGGAUGAUACAUGGUUGAAACUUUUUCCUAAUAAAUUUUCUCGGCAUGAAGGUGUUAGUUCCUUCUUUGUUAGAGAUUUUACAGAAGUAGAUUUAAAUGUCACAAGAAAUGUUCAUGCUGAACUUAAAAAUGAUGACUGGGAUAUUAUGAUAUUACACUAUUUAGGUUUGGAUCACAUUGGACACGUCUAUGGACCAUUUUCUUCCUUGGUACCUACUAAACUUAACGAAAUGGAUAACAUUAUUCAUACAGUUUUUGAAAAACUAUCUUCAAAAGGUGAAGAAGUACUCCUGAUGGUUACAGGUGAUCAUGGCAUGAAAGAUAGUGGAGGUCAUGGGGGCUCUACCUAUUCUGAAACACAUGUUCCUUUAGUAAUUGUUGGUCAUCACUGUGAGAACACAUUCCUAUCCCAAAGUGACAUUCCUGUUAAUUUGGCAGUAUUAAUGGGUGUAAAAAUACCAUCUUCCUCAAUUGGAAAAGUACAUAGGAAACUACUUCAAACUAAUGAAGACAAAUAUCUUUAUGAUCUAUAUUAUAACAGUAUUAUUCUUCAACAAAAAGAGUCUUGUUGCCAUGAUCUAUUUGAUGAGGCAUCUAGUCAUUAUAUUAAAUAUCUUAAUAAUAAUACUGAUUCUAUUUCUACCUUAAAAGCUAUAGAAUUAUAUGAAAAGUUUUUAGAAAAAAUAAAUGAUAAUCUUGCAAAUGGUUCUAUAAAACAGAAAUUAUCAUCACUAUUUAUUGCCCUUUCUGUAUUACUAAAUGUUAUAGUAAUUAUUUAUUCACAGAUACUUUCCAAACAAAACAAAAAGUACUUAUUAUUUCAAAAAAUUGUUAUGCUAGCUAUUAUUGUUGUCCAAUUUAAUAUACCUGAGCAUUUGUUAGUAUUCUCUGUCAUGAUUUCUAUAUUAAUUAUAAUACUAUUUAGCAAUAUCUAUUUUUUAAUACCAUUUAAUUUUCAUUUAACUUUCAGCUACUUAAAUUUCUUUAUUUUUAUAAGUAUUCUGCACCCUUUAACCUUUAUUUCUUCCAGUUAUGUUGAGGAAGAACAUCAAUACUGGUAUUUCUUUAACACAUUAUUCAUAUUUUUCAACUGUGUUACAUUUUCUAAAAUGAAAAGCAAAUAUGACAUUUUAACUACAGUUGUAUGUUUAGCAAUGUUCAGAUUUUUAAGAAGAAUGAACUCUACUGGGGACAAGUGGGCAAUGUAUCCUGAUCUGUCAGGAUGGUUGCUAAAGGAUGAGAACUACUUCUAUUAUCAAUUACUAUUUUUAGUUGGAUUGGUAUCAGUUUUAGUUGCCCAGUAUGUUUUGCUAUUACCUAAAAGGCCAUGGUUUAUUCAUUUUAUAAGCAUCGCAACUCUGUGUUUAAUAUUUAUAUACAAACAGAGAGAAACAAGUGUAACUUUGGGCAGAAUUGUGUGGUUUCUUGUGUUUGUUCAGUUAAUUAUGACAUAUAAUUCGUCAAAAAUAAUUCCAUGGAUCCUAAUUGCCACAUUACUUUUGAAACCAUACAAUGUAAUACUAGUACCUUAUUGUGUUCUAUGCAGUUUAUAUUUUUCGAAGCAUUUGAGUAGUACACAAGAUAUGGUAUUAUAUCAUACAAUACUUGCAAAUAUGUUGUAUUUCACUCAAGGACACAGCAACAGCCUAGCUAGUGUUGAUGUUUCAGUUGGAUACAUUGGAUUAUCUGAGUAUCAGCCAAUUUUUGUAAUAGCACAAGUCUUAUGUCACAUACAAACUUUUCCAGUCCUCUGUCACUUGUUAAUCUUUAAUAAUAAACAUAUUAAACAAGGAGAAGUUUGGAAUGUACUGUUUUGUAACAAGCUGUAUGUUUAUUUGGUGACUUGCAUAGUUACUUUUCUUUUUAGACAUCAUUUAUUCAUUUGGUCUGUUUUUGCACCUAAACUAUUUAUAGAAUUUGUGCAUAUUUUGUUUUUAUGCAUUGAAUACCUAUUAGUACAGAUAUGUGCUAUGGCACAUAUUAGUAUUGGACUUAAUAAUUUCUUGUAUAGAACAAAAAUUGUAUUUUUUAAAAAACCUACUGUUUAUUAAAACUGUUAAAAACUUAAGUUGUAUUUUGUCUAAAAGCUGCAAUAUGAAUUGUUGAACAUAUUUUCUGUGGUAAUUUUUAUAUUAUUUCUUACUGGCCGAUAUUUUUUUACUGUUAAUUCAUUCUAUUAAUCUUUUCGAUCCUCAUAUUACAUUUUUAAAUAUUACUUUAGCAGUUAAUAUUUUUACCUCUUUCCAGAUUCUCACAGACUAUGUUGUUUUUAGAUGUUAACAAUUAAAGUUUUAUAGCAUACAACUUUAUUUAUCAUUUUAAAAUGGUUCUAUCACAUAAAGUAGUACACUUUUCAUAUAAUUAUUUAAUAUUUGUCCCAAUUAUCAAUAUUUCAUUAGUACAUCCAUAUUCUCUUUCAAGUAAAAUAUUUAUUUACUCUCUUUUUAUUAAUUCUACAUCAUGUUCUAGACUAUGGUGGAUUAGUAGUGAAAUAUUAUAGUAAUUUGAACAGUCUACCUUAAGUAUAUCAAUAAAUAUUGGCCAAAUUCCUUUGCAUAUUACCAAAGAAUAUAGACCCAUAUAGAAGGAUCUUUCACUGUUCUUUUUGAGCGUCAUCAAAGGUUGAUCGCAUGUUAUGAAAAAGAAUAAGAGGUGGAUCAAGAUUUUAGUACCACUAGGGAGCGGUCAUGUCAGCGCUAUUAUUGCUUCUAAAAUAUGAAAGAGUGGGGCAACAAAUGCAACUUUAGAUAUUUUUAUAUGUAGACAUUGUAGAUCAUCUACAGUAGAUGCUCGCAAUGGUCCAUAGAAUAGGAUUAAAUUUUUGCGUUUUAUAAAUUUUUUUAAAGAAAAUAAUUUUCUUGUAACUUUUAAUAAAUGAAUCUUUUUAGAAAAAAUAUGAUUCAAAUUUUUAAUUGAAAUAUGUCCAAAUGUACAAAUAAUAUAAUUAAAACUAUCUUCUUAUAAGCUAUAAAUAAAAUUAAUUAAAAGU